GGACGUGCGUUUGAAGCCGGGUCUUCCGGGACUUGUGCUUUCCAGUUUCCUUCCUACCCAAGGGUGAGCCACUGAUCAGAAGCGCCUGUCAAGAUGGAAGUGAAUCCUCCGAAACAGGAGCACCUGCUGGCGCUAAAAGUGAUGCGAUUGACUAAGCCUACUCUGUUCACCAAUAUUCCUGUAACGUGUGAAGAGAAAGACUUGCCUGGUGAUCUCUUUAACCAGUUAAUGAGAGAAGACCCUUCAACUGUAAAUGGUGCAGAGAUUUUAAUGUUGGGAGAAAUGUUGACUUUACCCCAAAAUUUUGGGAAUAUAUUUUUGGGAGAGACCUUUUCCAGUUAUAUCAGUGUUCAUAAUGACAGCAAUCAAGUUGUAAAAGAUAUACUGGUGAAGGCGGAUCUUCAGACAAGUUCUCAGCGUUUAAACCUUUCAGCCUCCAAUGCUGCCGUGGCUGAGCUUAAACCUGAUUGUUGUAUUGAUGAUGUCAUACACCAUGAAGUCAAGGAAAUUGGAACACACAUCUUGGUGUGUGCUGUGAGUUACACAACUCAGGGUGGAGAAAAAAUGUACUUCAGAAAAUUCUUCAAGUUUCAGGUCCUCAAACCAUUGGAUGUGAAAACCAAGUUUUACAAUGCAGAGAGUGACCUCAGUUCUGUGACUGAUGAAGUCUUUCUUGAAGCCCAAAUUCAGAACAUUACAACCUCACCCAUGUUUAUGGAGAAAGUUUCACUGGAGCCGUCAAUAAUGUACAAUGUAACAGAAUUAAAUUCGGUGACCCAAGCCGGGGAAUGUGUAUCUACAUUUGGAUCCAGAGGAUAUUUGCAGCCAAUGGAUACACGCCAGUACUUAUACUGCCUAAAGCCCAAGAAGGAGUUUGCAGAAAAAGCUGGCAUCAUUAAAGGAGUAACAGUCAUUGGAAAAUUGGACAUAGUGUGGAAAACAAACCUAGGUGAAAGGGGACGGUUACAGACCAGCCAACUUCAAAGAAUGGCUCCAGGUUAUGGAGAUGUUAGGCUAUCUUUAGAGGCCAUCCCAGAUACCGUGAACCUAGAAGAACCUUUCCAUAUUACCUGUAAAAUCACAAACUGCAGCAGUGAGAGGACGAUGGACCUGGUGCUGGAGAUGUGCAACACGAACUCCAUCCACUGGUGCGGGGUUUCAGGAAGACAGCUAGGAAAGCUGCAUCCGAGCUCCUCGCUCUGCCUGGCCCUUACGCUCCUGUCUUCAGUACAGGGGCUCCAAAGUGUCUCUGGCUUAAGACUCACUGACACAUUCUUAAAGAGAACAUAUGAAUAUGACGACAUUGCGCAAGUCUGCGUGGUCUCCUCAGCCGUGGAAGUGGAAGCCUAAGGAAAAUUCCUAAUGUUAAAUUUCUUGUUUAAUCACAGAACUGUUGUCUGUAUUUUGUCAGCUUUGUGAAAUGAUGAACAGCAAAAAUAAGUAUAUGUUAUUUAAAUUCGUUUUCUGUAAAACAGUUAAAUAGUAAAUGUUUGUUGUAAAAGCACUGGUUUUAUCUUGUGAAUUGUACUCCAAAUGAACAGAACGUUUCACUGUUUUCUACACAUAUUUCAUCCUUUAAGGUAACUGGCGGCUUUUGUUUGUAACAAGCUCAAUUUUUGAAACUUUUUGUCUACCAAGUACCUUUUUGUAAAAGCAAACCUUCUUGUGAAGGGCCAGUAUCAGAUGUCUUGGGCUCUGGAGGAAAAGGAACUCUGGCAUCUGAGUACAAUAGCAGGGGUGUCCGUGGUGAUGGCACCUGCUGCCUAGGGCCCCUAGUAAUUCAGUCUGCAAGAUACUGUGACACUAUGUAUAGAAAUGCAGUUAAUCAACUACAGUCUCUUUCCUGGGUGCCUAGUCAACAGAAAAAUCCCUUGUCUGAAAUAGUUCAGGUCCCCUUCCUGUAACCUGAUUAUUUCUUAACACAGGAUAAACAUUUCCAGUUGUUUUCAA